CUUUCUUGUUCAGAAUGGCGGAUGAAGAGAACUCCCGGGUGGAUUCCGAAUUCAGAUACACGCUCUUCCCUAUUGUCUAUGGUAUCAUCUUUGUGCUGGGCAUCAUCUCCAAUGGUUACGUGCUGUGGGUGUUCAUCAGCCUCAACCCUGCCAAGAAAUUAAAUGAAAUCAAGAUCUUCAUGGUCAACCUGACAGUGGCUGACCUGCUCUUCUUGUUUACUCUGCCCUUAUGGAUUGUCUAUUAUAUUAAUCUUGGCAACUGGAUCCUCCCCAACUUCCUGUGCAAUGUGGCAGGCUGUCUCUUCUUCAUCAACACUUACUGUUCUGUUGCCUUUCUUGGGGUCAUUACUUACAACCGCUUCCAGGCUGUGACAGACCCCAUCAAAGCAGCGCAAUCUACCACACGCCGCCGGGGCAUCAUCCUAUCCUUGAUCAUCUGGGUGGUGAUUUUGGGUUGUGCUUUGUAUUUCCUCUUCUCGGAUUCCACCAAUGUUGUUUCUUUGAAGGAAGGGGGAAAUGUAACCCGCUGCUUUGAACAUUACGAAGAGGGAAGCAUCCCUGUCCUCAUCAUCCAUGUCAUCAUUGUGUUUUGCUUCUUCGUCGUAUUCCUUGUGAUCCUGGUCUGCAAUGUGAUCAUCAUCCGAACCUUGUUGGCUCAGCCCCUCCAGCCCCAGAACAAUGCUCAAGUUAAACACAAAGCCCUCUGGAUGGUUUGUACCGUGAUGGCUGUCUUCUUCAUCUGCUUUGUGCCCCACCACAUUGUCCAGUUGCCCUGGACCCUGGCAGAGCUGAAGAUAGGUUUUAAGGAAAGCAACCAUGUCCAUCAGGGCAUCAAUGAUGCCCACCAGGUAACCCUCUGCCUCAUGAGCGUCAACUGCGUCUUAGAUCCCGUCAUCUACUGCUUCCUCACCAAGAAAUUCCGAAAACAUCUUUCAGAGAGGUUACAGAGCAUGAAAGGGAGUCGCAAAUGCUCUCGUGUCACUACAGACACGGGUGUAGAAGUGGUCGUGCCCCUCAAUGACUACCCCAUCAAUCAUGUGAACAAUUAGGCUGUGGCUCCUCUGACCCAGUGUCAAGAACCAUUGCCCUGCAGAGGUUCUGCUGGGAUCCAGGAAGGAAAGAGAAGGCACUCCACCUGAGCCUGGACAGCACCUUCUUCCUUGUCUCUUUGGACAACUACAGGUCAAGUCCGAGUGGAGGUGAGACAACUUCUCCAAACUAAGCUGGGAAGAUCUAAAUCUUGCCCAAACAGGAUGCUCCCUCUUCCCUUAGAAAAAUACACUUGCUUUUAGGAAAUCCUACUCUCCUCAGCUUCCAGGAUCAUGUUACAGAAUCUGUAUGCACUAGAGUGAUGGUUCCCACUGAGUGGUUUGCAAACCCUUUGGGGGUUCAGCUUGAUGGUGUUAAAUAGAGUGCCAGACCUAGGGUCAGGAAGA